UUAUUUUUAUCCUUUAUGAACAAUGUAUAUAUUAUCAACGUUGUUUGUCACAGCUUUGUGAAUGUUUUGUUUUUAUAAUCAAAAAUUUGGACAGUGUGGCAACCUCUUAACAACGCUAUGUGAAUGACAGGCUUUACAUCAUAAAAAGAUUACUUCCACCGCACGGUCAAUUUACAAUUUCGUCCGACUUGGCUUUCCGAAUUAUAUUGCUUUUUAUUGAUGUCUAAAACUGGAAAGGAUCCAUGUAAACCUUUCGCCUGUGCCAUACAAGCUUGUUUAACGGAAAAUAACUUUCAGGAAUAUAGAUGCAGUGAGGUGCUUGAGCGAAUGCGUUUGUGCUGUGUAAAAUGGCAUAAGGAGUCACUUUGUUGUAGUGGUAUCAAUUUGGAAAAAUCAUAUUUACAAAAUCCAAAAGUAGAAAUCAAUCCAGAGGUUUCCCGCAGUAAAAAAUAAUGCCAACACCAACACCAGUACCUUCAUACAAGCCGCCCAAAGAUAUUCAGGAUUUCUUGGACAAGAAAGAGC